AAGACGCCUCGGAAACGACAGCAAGGUCUGUGAGAACGAUGAAGAUUUUGGCUCAGUUUGUGAUAUUUGCUGCAGCUGGAUGAGAAGGGGAAGCCCUGGCCUGAGUCGGACCUGCAGAAAUUGCAGAAGCGAGACCACCCACCGCCUGAUUCUCACCUCAAAAACUAUAAUCCCGUCUACUUUCAAGGGGAAGAAGUACCGUACGUUACAGGGCGUGUGAGUGGCAGCCAAAGAGGAAGCAGCUCUGGCUGUUUUGUUUAACAAAUUAAUGAUGUUUUCGGAGGAAGAUUUCUCAGUUGAGCUGGAUGUGACCGGAUAGUAACGAGCGAAGAGAUCAUGAGGCUUGAGCACCGCUGGGUGGUCCUGAUUUGGUCCAUUUGGACCGUCCAGUUCCUCACCACUGAGGCUGACGAUGACGACUGCACAACAGAUCUAAAAGUUCGUCGGAAUACGAGUUAUAAAGCGUCUCUGGGACAAGAACUCAGGAUUGAAUGUCCAGUUGCGUUCUGUAGCAAUUUACCACCAACAAUCUGCUGGUAUAAAGUUAAGGAAGAACAUAUUUGUCUCAAUGACAACAAUAGCAAUCACAUGAAGACGGAAUGGAAAAGAUCAAAUCCGUCAGAAGGGAUAUUCUACUUGUUAUUUCAAAGCAUCAUCAGCAAUGAUUCAGGUGAAUAUCGGUGUAAAGGUGGAGGCAGUAGGAGUCACAUCAUCUAUAUCAAUGUUUAUGAUAUGGACACAAACGACACACGUAAACCAAUAACCAAUGACACAAACAACAAACCCGAAACUGAUCCAGCAGAUACAUUUUUGAUGUAUAUGUACUCUGCUGCUGGGAUUGGUUCCUUUGUCGUCAUAGUGAUUAUUAUUUCUGUGAUAUGCAUGGUAGGGUGUAAAGGGAAGUCAAAGAAAGAGAAACAAAAAGAAAAUCAGUACAUGGAGAUGCCGUUGGCUGAGCGAGUCGUCCCAAACACCAGCGGGAUCCAGCACUCACCAAGAGGAAGCCCCAACCCGCUGCCACCCCGCAGGCCCAGCGGGAGAAAAGCCACAGGGCAACCUGCGGAGCUGAUGCCAUCGAGAGACAACCAGCCGCCUUACGGCCAGAGGACACGAGACAGAAACAGGAAUGGGGCCCAGGCGGAGGAAGCAGGUUCUGUUGUGUAUGCUGCUCUCAACCAUGUACCCCCACCUAGGGAAGCUCCCCGGCCACAGAGGCAGAUAGAGGAGACAGAGUACGCAGCUAUACGUUUGGUGUGAAGACUGAGAGUCUGCUGGAAUAAAUCACACUAGAGGAAUGAAGUCUGAAUCUGGAUCUUCCUCUCCAGAGGAGCACAGGAUGGAUUCCUCACAGCAAGGAUUCUGGAAUCAAACAACUCAAAUCAUGACUUCCUUUACCUUUCGGAGACACCGAUCUUACAACAGAACAUGCUGACGGAUUUGCUUAAGCACAAUACGACAUCGGCAUCACAAACUGGAUGUGUGGUUUCUACUGUUCUGUUUGGGAUGGAAAAUGUUCCAGCUGAAAUCAAGAACAUCAGCGUCACUGCAGGCGGUAGCCUGCGGAGUAAAAAGCACGUUUCACAUCCUUCAUAAGUAAAACCAAAAGGAAAUGAACCAUGUAACUUUUUUUAUGAUUGUUUACCAAAAGGAAUUCAACAUUUGUCUAAUUUUCUUCAAUCUGCACUUUGUUUAAAGACUCUUUUCCUGGCCUUGGUGCUUUACAAGAAGUAAACCACAAUGGCUAAAUGAGAUGAAUAAGUAGGUUAUCCCACCCGUUCAGGCUCCAGAACACGAUACAGAAAUCAGUCAGCGCUUCCUCACCAACUCAGUGCACAGAAAAUGUCUAAACAACCACAAUAGAGCAUGGAGCUAGCAAACCCAAACCGCUUAGCUAAAUACACGCUAGCUAGUUGGCACCACAGCAUAAUAAAGAGCUAAAAGAGACUAAACCCUUAUUUUGUAACCAUGUCUAAUUUGCUUAAAGACAAUUUUAUUAUCUUUUUGUCUUCCUCCACCAGUGGCUUAAGACCUAAAAAAGUACGCUAUUCUCUGUAGUUAGCGUGUAGCAAACACAAAGCUAAAAGAAACCAAACACCAAAAAGUUACCAUAUUAUUAGUUGUGUUUCAAGAAUAGCCAUAGGUCGUCAUAUUUUACUUUCUUAAACUGGAAAUGUUGAGUCACACACGAGCUAGAAGACAUCUUUGAAAUAAUUGAUAUUCAGCAGCUAGCUUGAAUGAGAACUAGAAAAAACAUAUUGAUUUGGCUAAUUAUAUCAGGCAUUUAGAUAAAAGUAAAUAUGUAGCAUGUUAAUGCAUUAGGUGCUGGUCAAAAUGACCAAAUGACCAGGUUUGAAAAGAUUUGUCUACCACAGGAUUAUGUUAUUUCUAUUAGUAAUCUAAUACUACAGUGUAAACUUAAAAUUGUUUGUAGCCCAACAUAUUUAACCAACAUGCUUGUUCAAUUUAUGAAAAAGGUUAGAGAAUUAAACUGAUAAACAUUGGUAAAGUACAUGAGUGCAAAAUUGUAGAAGUAGGCAGGAAUAAAAUGCAAAUUAAGGACAUAGAUUUGCAAAAUGGUGAGUUGAUCUGGAAACUUUUUAACUGGCAAAAUCAUAAUUGUAAUAUACAGUUUACAAACUUUCCUACAGAAACAUCAAAUUCGUAUUUUCUUCUUCAAAUUCGUCUUCAUUCAAUGUAUGUUUUUCUUGCUCUGCUAUGAGGUACAAGUACAGCCGUUAUUUGGACUCUUUCCUCAAAUAUGAAACUUAGUUUUUUUGUGUGACAAACAAGCAGUAAUUCAGAUCUUUGACAAUAAUGAAUGCAAUUACAGUCUACAAACUGAGCAUGUAAACUACAAUGUGUGAUAUACACAGGAGAAGCAAAAAAACCAAACUGUUGUUCUCUUGAAUGUUUUGCACGUAUUCGAGUAAAUACUGAUUUCAUUGCAUGUGCAUGACUUGAAAUCACUAUUUGGAAGAAUUUCAGUCAUUUCUGGUACUGUAGCCUCGGACGGUAUUAGAUGAGUCAUUUUCUAACUUUCACUGUGACUGAAAAUUUUAUUCUGAUUACUGAUUGUGAUUCUUUGAAAAGAUAGAAUGUAAUCCUAAUCACUGUGUGCAAUGAAAUAAUGUCUAUCUAAAAAAAAAUCUGGAUUUAAUCUUGUGGAUUUGAUUCUUUUUUUGUGGUAAUUAUGAGUAUUUCCCUAAAACAAAUUCACAACGCAGAUUAACUGAAGUUAAAUGAAAUGUGUGGAGAAAAAGAAAUUUCUUCCUGUAAUGACAUCAAAGCUUGUAGAUUCACAUUUACUGGAGGAACUGUCUACCCAAAGACCCCCCGUAAUCAAAAACAGGAAGUAAAACCAACCGCAUGUGACUUUCUGUAAAAUUCAGAAUGCAGUCAAGUUUCACUGAAGUGGAUCAUUUCUCAGGUGCUCGACAUGAAACCUUACAGCUAUAAAGUCCUUUUUUAUGUCUUGAUCCUAGUGGUACUCGGUGGCACUCAGGAUGAUAACAGUAAGUUAUUAUUACUACAAUAAUUUAUCUGCGUGUUACAUUUUUUAUUAUAUAUUACAAAAUCAUUCAUUUUGACUUUGUGCAAAUAUUUGAGAAAAGUAGACAUUAUGAAAGAGCAACUUGCACCUUAAAAUAUUACGGAGAAAUAUUUCCAUACCGCCAUACUUAUUUAUUGUAUGAUAUACAAACGUAUUUCAGGCUAUGUAGUAGUUUUUAGUUUAUAUUUUCCAUUUUUGUUUAGAUUUUCUUUCUUAAUUUGCAUAAAUUGAGAAAUAUCAUUAAAAAAUAAAGAGCAAAAGCAAAUGGAAAUCUGCUUUUCUGACAUUCUGAAGCAAAACGAAUGUGAAAAGCAACAGAAAAUGUUCAACUUAAAGAACCAGUUCAACGUGGAAAUCUUAAAUAUUAAAUGUUACCAACUUUAAUAAAAUUGCUAACACUUUUAAUAUUCCGUUAUGUUAAUUUUAAGCUUUUUGAUUCAUGUUUUAAGUGGCAAAAACUUGAAACCACAGGAUGCGCUGUGGGUUUCUGCAGCGGGUUUGACCUCAAUUUGGUGGACACAGCUGCUGCAUCACAUCUGUCUCUGAUUACUGGCUGUUAAUACUGAGGUAGAAGAAGCAGCCAGUCAUGUGUGACCUUUUAUGAUUCGACCUUUUCCUGCAAACUCCAAAACAGAAAUAAAAGCACAACAAGUAACUAGAGACUUUAGUUAAAGUGACAGAAAGUCAAAACUUCUCAUUUCCUGACAUUUUUGCUCAUUCUUCCCAAAGUAGUUCUAGCAGGGUCAGGUUGGAUGGAGAACAUCUGUAAACAUGAAGUCUUAACAAAAAAUUCCGAUUGACUUUAUGUUUGGACUUUGACUGGGCCAUUCUAAGUCACGAAUGUGUUUGGAUUUAAGCUUGUCCAGCUCUAUUUUUCAGCCUCUAUAGCAGGUUUUUCUCCAGGGCUGAUCUGUUUUUGCUCCAUCAACCUUCCAAUCAAACCUAAUCAAUUUCCCUGACCAUGUUUAAGAGGAACAUCCCACAGCCUGAUGCUGCUCCCACCAAAUUAACGAUGUGCAGUGUAAGAUUUCCUUUCAAAUUCAGUGUAGGUUUCGCUUUAUCAUAUGGAAAUUGGACUUUUUUUUUUAACUCAGGGUAUCAGGUUGCAGGCAGCUAAACACAAAUCCGUGCCACACUUUUCAGAUUGAAACACAUCUGAACACAUGUUGCGUUCUCCUUCCUUCUUAUGAUUGUUUACGUUCUUCUCUUUUCUUGCAGAGAAGCCGACCAGUCUGGACAUGUUCAAACAUUACAUGUUCCGCAUUUUGGCCAUUAAGAUUUUUGUCACCGUCGUCAUACUGAUGUUUGUGAAAUUUCGCCCUGUGAUUGAAG